CCACAAGGCAGCGCGCCGGGACGACGCGGCCGGCUCCGGAGCCCUUUGUGAGGGCUGCGGGAGCGCCGGACGGCGGCACCAUGAGCGGUGCGGGCGGAACGGCUGGGGCGUCCGUGAGCUCGGCGCCGCCCGAGCAGGAGGAGGGCGUGACAUGGUGGUACCGCUGGCUGUGUCGCCUGUCGGGGGUGUUAGGGGCCGUCUCUUGCGCCAUCUCCGGCUUCUUCAACUGCAUUACCAUCCACCCUCUGAACAUCGCGGCCGGCGUGUGGAUGAUCAUGAACGCGUUCGUCCUGCUGCUGUGCGAGGCGCCCUUCUGCUGCCAGUUCAUCGAGUUUGCGAACACGGUGGCGGCGAAGGUGGACCAGCUGCGCUCCUGGCAGAAGGCCGUCUUCUACUGCGGGAUGGCCGUCGUUCCCAUCGUCAUCAGCCUGACCCUGACCACACUGCUGGGCAACGCCAUCGCCUUCGCCACCGGAGUGCUGUACGGACUGUCUGCUCUGGGCAAGAAGGGCGACGCGAUCUCCUACGCCAGGAUCCAGCAGCAGAAGCAGCAGGCGGACGAGGAGAAGCUCACGGACACCCUGGAGGGGGAGCUGUGAUGUGGUCGGGGGGCCCUCCCGCCCCCCCGUCGGCCCUCUGGUCUGUGUGAGCACGUCCCCGAGGCGCACUGACCCUGAGGGGCAGCCUGGAGGAGGAGCCUGUGUCCAGCUCCCUCAGUCCCUCUCACCUGUCCCCGCACCUGGAGUCCUCCUCUGUCUGCCCCUCCCCCAGAUUGGCAUCACCCCAAGCUAGGCGCCUAGGGGCUGGGGUGAGGGCUCUGAGGGCCUUGGCCAGCAUCGAGGGGAUGGGAGGUAGCGGCAGGCAGCGGGGGCCUCGGGGUGAUCCAGGCCUCGGGGCGUGAGGCCGCACGGAGCCUGCAGAGCUCUGCAGACGGCCCGCCUGACCCCACUCUUCCCAGCUCGCGUGGCCUGCCGGCAAGAGGCCCCUGGGUGGGUUUCUAGGCUUACACAGCUGGCGGGACCCCCGAGACCUGCUGAAGGCCCGCGAGGAGCUGCUUUUGGGGACUUUGGUCCCGUCUCGAGGUGGGAGGUCCAUCAACCCAGGCCUGGGCAUUGGCCACAGUGGCCUCCUCUCAGCCCUCCAGGCAGGAGAGCAUCCCGUAAGCUGAGCCACCUGGGCUGCCUCUGUCCUCCUGUCAUCAGGGCGGAGCGGUGUCCUGCUGCCCACACCCCCUGCCACUCUGUUCUCCAUGGGAGCCCACAGUGCUCCCGACCCGCGAUGGCAGCCCAGGUAGUGACCCAGCCGCUGGUUGGGGUGUGCUCCCUCCCCCGGUUCCCGGGAAGCUUGGACUAGCACGGAACCAGGACACUUCCCGUGGGCCUGGCCAGCCCUAGGUUCUCCCCAUCCCCCAGGCCCCGGUGCUAAGGACGUGCGGAGGGCAGGCUCUCCCCUGCCCCGCGGGGCUGCCCGUCCACCUCUCUGGUGUGGACCUGCUGACCCCACCCCCCGCCCUGUCCUCAGGGAGCUUCCUGCCUUUUGAGAGCUGGGCAGAGGCUAGAGCCGCCCCUGCUCCCACUGUGAGCUGCCCCACUGCGCUGGGUGCCAGGCCACCAGGGAGCGGGGCCUGUGUGGACGUGCGCGUCGUCUCCCCAGCCUCCCUCCGUGCGCCGUCCCUUCCUUCCGCCCUGCCCACCGGCCGCUCUGGUUGCUGGACUGGUUUCAGCCAUUGGCGUGUGUGACAGGCCUGGCCCGCCCGGGUGGCCUGGGGCUCAGCUCCUGCCCCUCCCGGGACCCCAGGCUGGGCCUGCUCUGGGCGCCCAGAGCCCAGGGGCCAGCUCCUGCUCUGUGGAUCCAGCCCCAGGGCUGCGCCCCUGUCUUUGCUUCCCAGAGGGACUUUUCAUCUCUGGGGUUUGUUAGCGUUUGAGGCUGGGAGGGCAGGCACUGUCCCGGGCACAGCAGCGUCCCCCAGCAGCUGUGCAGGGAGCCCGACACGUGCCUUCAGGGGUCCUCCAGGACCAAUUUCCUCAGGCCAGCACUGGGUUCAAAGGGCUGUGGGCUGUAGGUCUCUCCAGGCCAGCAGGGUGUGUGCAUGUGUGUGUGUGUGUGUGUGUGUGUGUUUGUGUGUGUCUCUCUCCUGCGUGUGCCGUGAAUGAGGCCUGUCUACCUCCCAGGAGGAGCAAGGGCCCUGCCUGCCCCUCCUGGCUCAUUCUUACCCAGGAAGUGGGACUCUGGGGUCACUCCUACCCCUGCCUCCGGGGCCUUGCUGGUGGGGGUCUUCUUGCUGCAGGAGGAGAAGGGCUGGCUGUGUGUUGAGGAAGCUUGCGCUUCUGCCCUGUGAGGAAGUUGGGUGGGCCCUCCAACCCCUCGGUCACAGGCCAGAGUGGGCAGGUCACUUGACGAGGUUCCGAAUGAGCGUAGCCGAGCAGCCCUGGAGCUGCGAUCCUUCUCCCAGUCGGGGGGCGGGUCCCACCUUGCCGGGUGGUGGAAGGGCGGGGCCGCCAGGGCCCUCUCCCUCCUCUGCGGCCCUGGGCUCUGUCCUCUCCUGGUCCUUGUUUACUCUCAGUGUUUGGCUUGCAUUUUGAGCAAUAAAGCCUGGUAGCAGUUUGUAUGGUC